AUGGGACAUGGACUGAAAAGACUGGAUAUGAUUUUCCGGCUUUGCCACGUCAGACAAGAGGGAAUGAUUGUGGUGUUUUUGUACUCAUGUACACCCUCUCAAUGGUGUGUGACAUUGGGUUUCAAUUCCAGGAGAUGGAUAUGCCUGUCAUCCGCCGAUGGUGGUGCCUUCUACUCAUGGAACGAUUUCAAAUUGAUGGGAUAUACUCAGUGGAAAAAGGUCAAAGUGGUUUCCACUAAACCCCGUUUUCAAGUGCCUGUCUACAUUGAGAAUGAGCAGUCCCUGACAAUCCUUUAUAACUACAUGAAAGGAGUUCUUAAUAAAACCCAAACGCAGCUGACCUACAAUGAUGAGGUGGAGUUCAUUUGUGGAUGUCUCCUCCCAGAGGCCAUCAUUCAUGGCCUUUGCGAGCUGCAGGGCUUGUCUUGGCAGGAGGCUGAAGAGAUGUUCCUCCAGGGCCCCACUUAUCACUCAAGUGAAGUUGAGGAAUUUGACAGAAGAAUUGCUCGAGAAAUGAAAAAUCUCCCCAACAAGAAUCUCGAUGACUUGUAGGACCUCAUGAAAAAGAAUACAAAAAUAAAGUUUGGUGUGAGAAAAUGACUCCGAGCACU